AUGGCGGACUCGAAGCUGCUGGUGCCCGAGCUAAGCGAGGCAGAGAAGAUGGGCGCUGAGACCAUGCGUUUCGAGGAGCUACUGCGGCAGGCCUCCAAGGAGCUCCAGCAAGCCCAGACAAGCAGACCAGAAUCCACACAGAUCCAACCUCAACCUGGUUUCUGCAUAAAGACCAACUCCUCCGAAGGGAAGGUUUUCAUCAACAUCUGUCACUCUCCUUCCAUCCCUCCUCCGGCUGAUGUGACCGAGGACGAGCUGCUUCAAAUGCUGGAGGAAGACCAAGCCGGGUUUCGCAUCCCCAUGAGCCUGGGAGAGCCUCAUGCAGAACUGGACGCAAAAGGCCAGGGUUGUACCGCCUACGACGUAGCGGUGAACAGCGACUUCUACCGGAGGAUGCAGAACAGCGAUUUCUUGCGGGAGCUCGUGGUCACCAUCGCCAGGGAGGGCCUUGAGGACAAAUACAGUCUUCAGCUGAAUCCAGAGUGGCGCAUGUUGAAGAACCGACCUUUCCUGGGCUCCAUCUCCCAGCAAAAUAUCCGCUCCCAACAACGUCCUCGGAUCCAGGAGCUGGGAAACCUGUACACUCCCGACUCCCCGAGACCUGAGGAAGGCCCUGAGAAGCCUCACCUGAACCUUUGGCUGGAAGCCCCUGACCUCCUCUUGGCUGAAAUUGACCUCCCCAAACUGGCCCUCAAGUGGAUUGGGAGGGAGCAGCCGGCGCGGCGGGCGGGCGCCACUGACCCGGUGGCCCGGCAGCCACUGCCCACCGCGGCCUCCCGUUUAUCGCCUUGUCCCAUUGGGUCCCUGGGGCUCACAGUUUUGCCAGUGUUUGAGAACCCCCCCGCAUCCCUGCCCGCGGAGCCGUCCACCAGCGCCACCCUGUGGCGGCAGAAUCCCCGGCCCGGGUGCGGAGGCGGCGGCCGCGGCUCCGGGCCAGGUGUGAAGGUGGAGCAGAUGGUGAAGAGGAGGGAGUGGGAGGGGGGCCCCGGCCGCUGCCAAAUCCCGGGCCUGCGCCGGAACCGUCACCAUGGAGACCGAAGAAGGCGGAAAGGACCCAGCUCCACACUUUUUGGGGGACCUGAAAAAGAGUUCUUCGGCCUCCCACGGAGGGUCCCCGUGCUAACUACAAGUCCCAGCGGUGGCUGGACCUCACCGUGCGCUUCAGAAGAGCCGCGCUCCCCGAGGGCCGCUGGGAGUUGUAGUUUUGAGACAACAGCCUGA